UUUUUAGGGAUUUAUAGAGUUGGAGAGACGCUCCAAGACUACUUCAGAGAUUUGUGAUUGGAACUCCAUUAUUAUUACUUAUCUAUCUAUGCAGUUUUCUUUAUACCUUGUUAUUAUGAAUUGCUUAGCCAUGUCUGAGUAGUUCUAUUGUUAGCUUUAGGGUUUAAAUAUGUUAUGAAGGAUUAGCACCAACUAUAGAAUUGCUAAGUUUUGAUAUUCAUCAAUAGGAUGUUUUUAAUGCUUGUGUUCUAGAAUAGCUAACUAGAACCUUGAUUUUAGGGUUUGUAGGUACAAGCUCCUGCUUGGUCUCAUCCUAAAUAGAUCCUCACUCAAAUAGGAUUGCUAGAGAAAAGCGAUAGCCGAUCUAGGAAACCUUAGUGAAUACUUUAUCAACCGUGCGCAAAGCUUGCUAAAAGCGCGUCGAUGGAUAUUCCUAUAGAAUAAUCGAGCAACGUCGUGAAAGGUGUAUCGAUCGACAUUCCUCUAGAAUCAUCGAUCUACACUUUCAAAUUGAUCAACAUACGAAUGUUAAGGUCAUUAGAUCUAGACAAUAGACAAAUCUAAACAUGCGAAAGCUGAUUAAUUUGUUCUUAUAAGUUGAGCUGUUUAAUAUUAUGCAAACAACUGAUUAGUAUCUAUAUCUCUAUAAUCCUAUUUACCUGAAUAGAAACCCUAAGUCUAGCUACUUCCAGUUAAAUGUCAAAAACUCAAUCAACCCAACCGAACAACUACCUUAUUAAAACCUACAAUUUACAAUUAAACUAAAUCAACCUAGGUUACUUCUUUAAACCACUUCCCGACAUAUUUUUUUUUGUCUUUUCAGGUGCAUGCCCAACAAUACUAGAAGCAACAAGGAAACAUCACUACUAUUCUGAGAAGAUUCUUCAAUCUUGGAACGUUCGAUCCGCAAAGAAAGACGCUCCGCAUCGAUCGACAACAUCAUUAGUUCGUCGACCGACAUUCGCAUACCACAGUCAAUCGAGACUCCGAUUUCGCCGACCGACACUCGCCCAUCACCGUCGACCGAGGCUACUCUUCCGUCGACCAACAUCUUCCAUCCGACAUCGAUCGAUAUUUCAUCUCGAACAUCAAUCGAUACUCAGCUGCAAGAUAUGGUUGCGACACUGAUUCUCAGACAUGACAAGAAUGGAAUCUUGCAUGAUCUAGAAGGUCAUCUGCGUAAUGCUGCAAUCCCUGAGCCUGAUACUGAAGCUACAUGAGUUGCUCAACCUGUAGAUGAGGAUAUUCGACCCAGAACGUUGGCUGAUUACAACCGUUCAGAUCAGUUCUAUGCCAAAAAAUCAGCUAUUUGUCUUCUAGCUAUCCAGAGAGGCGAUUUCGAGUUGAAGUCACAAUACUACACACUCGUGGGACAGACACCCUACUGUGGGUUAUCUCACGAGCAUCCUAUGGACCAUCCGGAGAGGUUCGAAGAUCUUCUAUCUGCUAUCAAAGGCAAUAGAGUCCAUGAGGACUACCUAUUCUACAAGCUCUUCAAGUACUCACUUGCUGGAGAGGCUUUGCAUUGGCUUAAGCAGUUACCACCAUGAUCUCUUACAUCCUGGGCCAACAUCAAGAACGCUUUCUGGCGUAACUUCUUUGAUGAGGCACAUGCAGAAGACUUGAUGAGCAAGAUUGCUACAUUCAUAGAGGAGCCUAUAGAAUCAUUCUGAAGCGCCUGGAUUAGAUUCAGUCUUACCAGAGGAUUAUCCAUACCAUGGAUUCAACGAAGUGAAACUGCUCAUCACUUUCUUCAGAGGCAUCACCUUGCAUUAUCAGAUGGCUCUCGAUACAUCUAGUGAAGGUGACUUCAACAUUAGGAAUCCAUAAGAGGCUGUGAGACUCAUUGAGAACUUGACAUCCAGUAAUAGCACCAAGAACACUGACUUUGAGAGAAGGAGAUAUGCAGUCAUCCUUGGAAAGAAGCAGAUGGAUGAGGUUAAAGCAAAGUUGGGCAGUGUUCACAAGCUUCUUAAGAAGCAGGUUUGCUUAGCAGAUGAUGCAGAUGCUGUAGACACAGAGGAUAACAAAGAAGUAGAGGAGGAUGUGAACUUCAUCAGUGGCACUGGAUUUCAGAAAUCUGGAAACCAGAGUGGAAACAUGAACUUCUAUGGCAAUGGACAGAUGAGUAAUUUGAACCAGAGUUUGCAGUACCAGAAACCCUACAGCAACUACAGCAACAACUACAACAACAUCAAGAGCUACGAAAACUCAUCUUACCAGAAUCCACCACCACAAACUCAAGAGAGCAAGAUAGAACCAAUGCUUGAUCAGGUUCUUGAACGCCAGCAGAAACUGACAAUGGAUUUCAAUGGAAAGAUUGAUUCUGUGUACAACAACUCGAACACAAAGUUUGAUACUUUGAACAUCCAUGUGCAGAAGCUGGAGAUGUAGGUAGUUCAGACAUGAGGAGGUGUUAAGAGGCAUGAAGUCUUAGCAAGAGGGAUAUGAGAUGAAGCAAUGAAGCACCACGUGAAUGCCAUCAUAGAUGAUGAUUUUUGGCAAGUGGCUAAGCAUGAGAAGCUGCAAGAAGGAUAUUUCGAAGUCGAAAGUUCCAUGAGUUUUGGCAGUUUGCAUU